AUGGCAGGGUGUAUCACUACUUUAAAAGUCUACUGCGGCCUCAAACUCCUUCUUGAAGAGACCGCCAAGCUUGAUGCGUACAGCUCGAAAGCCGGGGCCGCCGGGAGCGAGCGCGGCCGUCAGCCGGCUGCGGUGGCGUCGCGGCGCCUCCGGGUGCCGCUGUUGGCCGAGGCGGAGCGGCGCUGGAGCCGCAGCCGCAGCCGGAGCCGCAGCCGCAGCCGCCGCAGCGUCCUGCCCCCGCAGGCUGCUCGCUCGCACGGCGCCGGCCAGAGCGGCAGCGGCACGGGCAGCAGAGGCGAGAGGCGGCGCGGCGCGGGGAGCAGCGGCGUCCGAGCCGGGGCCGAGAUCGCUGCCCUCCGGCGGGCCCUGCGCUCGCUGCGGAGAGUGGCUGGAAGGGAGGCAGGGCAGCGGCAGGAGGGAGGAGCGCGGCGAGCGCUGCCCACAAUGGCGGGCAGGCAGAGGCAGAGGCAGAGGCAGAGCCGGCGGCGAGCAGCCGGGCGAGUGCUGCUGCCCGCUUUGCUGCUGGGCUUGUGCUGCCGGGCGGCGCCGGAGCGGGUCCGCUACGCCAUCCCCGAGGAGCUGGGCAGAGGCUCGCUGGUGGGGCCGCUGGCGCGGGACCUGGGGCUGAGCCCGGCCGACCUGCCGGCACGCCAGCUGCGGCUCAGCGCCGAGAAGCAGUACUUCGGCGUGAGCGGGGAGACCGGGAACCUCUACGUGAGCGAGAGGCUGGACCGGGAGGAGAUGUGCGGCGAGGCGGCGUCCUGCUCCGUCAGCUUCGAGGCGCUGGUGCAGAACCCGCUCAACGUUUUCCACGUCGAGGUGGCCAUCCAGGACAUCAACGACAACGCCCCAGCCUUCAGCAAGGCUGCUCUGGACAUAGAGAUCGGUGAAUGGACACUUCCCGGGGCGCGUUUUCCGCUGGAGAUGGCCCGAGACACGGACGUGGGCAGUAACGCGCUCCUGACUUACCAGCUCACCGGCAACCCGUCCUUCACCCUGGCCGUGAAGGAGAGCCCGGAUGGAAGCAAGCAGCCGGAAUUAGUGCUGGAGAGAGCGCUGGACCGGGAGAAGCGGAGUUCCUUUCAGCUGGUGCUGACGGCGGUGGAUGGCGGAGACCCCGUGAGGUCCGGGACUGUCCAGGUUCGCAUCAACGUGACGGACCUCAACGACAACGCGCCCCUGUUCAGUAAAAGCGCCUACAAGUCGCGAGUGCGGGAGAACCUUCCACCGGGGUCGCUGGUACUGCGGGUGCGGGCCACGGAUGCAGACGCGGGGUCCAACGGGCGGGUCUCCUACUCCUUCGGCAACGUGCCGGACGGCGUCCGCGCAUUGUUCAGUGUUGACAGCGACAGCGGCGAGGUCAGGACGGCGGGGCCCCUCGAUUUCGAGGAGAAGAGCAAAUACAGCUUCGGCCUGGAGGCGAGGGACGGGGGCGGGCUCACGGCUCACUGCGAAGUGCAGAUAGACAUCACGGACGAGAACGACAACGCGCCCGAAAUCACGCUGUUGUCGGUGUCGAGCCCGGUGCCCGAGGACGCGCCGGCCGGCACGGUGGUGGCCCUGGUGAAAGUGCGGGACCGGGACUCCGGGGAGAACGGGCAGGUGUCGUGCGAGCUGUCGGGCGAGGCGCCGCUGUCGAUCGUGGCGUCGUCGGGCGGCUCGUACAAGGUGGUGACGGCGAGCGCGCUGGACCGGGAGCAGGCGCCCGAGCACCGGGUGGCGGUGGUGGCCAGGGACCGGGGCAGCCCGGCGCUCUCCAGCCGCGCGGCGCUGGUGCUGGAGGUGUCGGACGUGAACGACAACGCGCCGGUGUUCGAGGAGGCCGCCUACAGCGCCUACGUGGCGGAGAACAACGUGGUGGGCGCGCCGGUGCUGCGCGUGCGCGCGCGGGACGCGGACGCGGGCGCCAACGGGCGCGUCAGCUACUGGCUGGCGGGCGGCAGCGCGGGCGCGGCGCCGUACGUGUCGGUGGAGGCGCGGAGCGGCGCGGUGUACGCGCAGCGCUCCUUCGACUACGAGCAGUGCCGCGAGUUCGCGGUGGUGGUGCGGGCGCAGGACGGCGGGGCGCCGGCGCGGAGCUCGACGGCGACGGUGCGCGUCUUCGUGCUGGACCGCAACGACAACGCGCCGCGGGUGCUGUGGCCGGCGGCGGGCGCGGGGGCGGGCGCGGGGGCGGGGGCGGGCGCGGGGGCGGCCCCGGCCGCGGCCCCGUUCGAGGUGGUGCCGCGGUCGGCCGAGGCCGGGUACCUGGUGGCCAAGGUGGUGGCGGUGGACGCGGACGCGGGGCGCAACGCGUGGCUGUCGUACGAGCUGGUGCAGGCGCCGGAGCCGGCGCUGUUCCGCGUGGGGCUGCACAGCGGCGAGGUGCGGACGGCGCGGGCCGUGUCGGAGAGGGACGCGGCGAAGCAGCGGCUGGUGGCCGUGGUGAAGGACCACGGGCAGCCGGCGCUGUCGGCCACGGCCACGCUGCACGUGGUGCUGGCCGAGAGCUUGCAGGAGGCGCUGCCGGAGCUGAGCGAGCGGGCGGCGGGCGCCGACUCGCCGGCGGAGCUGCAGUUCUACCUGGUGCUGGCGCUGGCGCUCCUCUCCGCCCUCUUCCUGCUGAGCGUGGCGCUGGCCGUGCUGGCGCGGGUGCGCCGGGCCGGGCCGCCCGCCGUCCUGCGCUGCCUGGGCGCGCAGCGCUUCUCCGUGGCCGGCGCCGCCUUCCCGGCCGACUUCUGCGAGGGCACCUUGCCCUACUCCUACAACCUGUGCGUGGCGCCGGGCCGCGCCGUCGCCGAGGGCGCUUGGCUGCCGCCGCCGCCGCCCAGCCUGGCCGCGGAGGAGCUUCUCGGCGCGGAGCCCUGCGGGAAGCGGAGCCCGACCAGCAGCGCCGGCGCGGGAGAGCCGCCCGCGGACGCCGAGGCCCCGCAGGUCUGUAAGCCCGCGCAGUCCUUGCCUCUGCGCCUUUCCUAAGCUCACGCCGAGGGGAGUGGGCUCGUGCUCGUCCUUUGGCCG